UCACCUAUAACUCAAAGGCUAUGCCUGAAGUUCUUUUGUGCAAACACUGAGAUUAGCACGUUUCUUUAAAUACACAUGCACAUACAUCAAAUGAACUGUAACCAAGUAAACUUUUUUUAUUUUUUAUUCUUUACAUUACAUAGCUAUUAUUAAGAAUGAAUUAGCCUCAGUAAUGAGAAAUGUGACUGAUGUACUAUCGCAACGGCAGGAUUGAGAAAGCGCGGUUUAAGACUGAAAGACACUAGAGGCAAAUGACAGGGGAAGUGGGACAGCUUUAACAUUGCUCAACAGACACAAAAAAAAAAAAAAAAAAAAAAAAGACGCAUCUGAACCCGUGAAUUUACUAUUGCCCUGUGAACAAGCUGGAGUCGCUGAACAGUGGAAUUAUCUUCCGGAGCUGAUCAAGGCUGACGGAAGGCAGACACAUUUGUCUUUUGCAACCAGGGACGUCUGACUGAAUAUCCCAGCAUCCUCAAUGAAUACUCCACGGAUUAGUCCAUAAUAGUUUAAAAUUCAGUUUCAUCGUUUUGAACCUGGGAUGGUACUUAUACUUUGAGAGAACAAAGGGAAGUGUGAGAAGACAGGGCAGCCAGUUAGACAGACGAAGAUGAAGAGUGGAAGGAGGGAAGAACAGAGGGUGACGGAAGAGAAGAUGGAGUCGGAGCAGUCGGCUACGGUGGAGGAGCUGGUGGAGGCCUGUCUCAAUGCCUUCGAUGACGAAGGCUCCCUGAAGGACGCGUCUCUGGUGCGCAUGUUCCUCAUGAUGCACCCCUGGUACCUCCCUUCCUCUGACCUGGCCAUGAAGCUCCUGCACAUGUCCCAGGCGGACAAUUGCUCUACCAAACUCAGGAUGCAGAUCUGCCAUCUGGUCAAGUAUUGGAUCUCCGAAUUUCCUGCUGAGUUCGAUUUGAACCCGGACCUGGCGGAUAAGAUCCGAGGCCUGAGGGACCUUCUUUCCCAGGGAGGCGAUGAGAACCCAAGCUGCCUUAUCGAUAUUGAGAGCUUGCCGUCUUAUGAGUGGAAACGGCAGGUUACCCAGAGAAAUCCUUCGGUCCUCAAAAAGAGGAAGGUGUCCCUGCUGUUUGAUCACCUGGACUCCUGUGAGUUGGCAGAACAUCUCACCUACCUGGAGUACAAGUCUUUUUGCAAGAUCCUGUUCCAGGACUACCACAGUUUUGUGAUGCACGGCUGCACGGUGGACAACCCUGUCCUGGAGCGGUUCAUCACCCUUUUUAACAGCGUGUCGCAGUGGAUCCAGAUCAUGGUCCUUAGCAAGCCCACGGCGCCCCAGAGGGCAGCAGUUAUAUCGCACUUCAUCAGGGUGGCCCAGAAACUGCUGCAGCUGCAGAACUUUAACACACUGAUGGCUGUGGUGGGGGGUUUGAGCAACAGCUCCAUCGCCAGACUGAAGGACACGCAAGAGCACAUUAGCAGCGAAACCCGCAAGGCAUUCAGGGACCUGACGGAACUGGUGACGUCCUGCGGGAACUACAGCAAGUACCGGCGGCGCUUCUCGGAGAGCGUGGGGUUCCGCUUCCCCAUCCUCGGGGUCCACCUCAAGGAUCUGAUCGCCGUGCACGUGGCGCUGCCCGACUGGGUGGACCCGGAGCGCACGCGGGUCAACCUGGCCAAGACCCAGCAGCUCUACGCCAUCCUGCAGGAGCUGGGUCAGAUCCAGGCUGCGCCCCCCAACGUCGACGCCAACACAGACCUCCUCAAUCUGCUCACGGUUUCCCUGGACCAAUUCCACACAGAGGAGGAGAUCUAUCAGCUGUCCCUGCAAAGAGAACCCCGCGUUAUCCAGCCCGUUGCUUCCAGCUCCCCCCCAGGCCCUGGGCCCCCUCCCUCGGUGAUGGGUGAAUGGGCAUCUUCUGUGAAGCCUAAGGCAGAUCCCACCAUCAUCAGCAAACACAUUGAAACCAUGGUGGAGUCGGUGUUCAGAAACUUUGACACGGAUGGAGACGGGCACAUUUCCCAGGAAGAGUUUGAGAGCAUCAGGAACAACUUCCCCUACCUCAGCAAGUUCGGGGAAUUGGACAAAAAUCAGGAUGGCCAAAUCAGUCGAGAGGAGAUGAUUGAUUAUUUUACUAAAGCCAGUUCCGUGCUUAACUGCAAAAUGGGUUUCAUCCACACUUUUGCUGAGAGUAACAAUGUCAAACCCACCUUCUGCCAACACUGUGCUGGCGUUAUCUGGGGAUUUUACAAACGGGGAUACAAGUGCAAAGCAUGUGGCGUGAGCUGUCACAAGGCUUGUCGGAGUCAUCUGUCCGUCGAGUGCCGCAAGCGAACCAAGAGCACGAGCUACGAAACCCCCCGCCCCAGCCACGCCCGCUCCUACAGCUUCCCACCCCCAGACAUGCCCCCCUCCGGUCUGCAGAACACAGCCAUCAUGGAGGAAGAUGCUGACUUUGAGGAGGAUGAAGUGUUUGAUGUGCACCUCUGAUUAGGUAAGGAGCAAUCCUGACCAGGCUGUGAAGGGGGCCACAUUUGUUACUGACUGAAGUAGACUCUUUAGUCUAGACUCUUACUCUCGCAACCCUGCUGGAGUGCAUUAAAAGCAGUGUUACGGACUACAGACGUGCAUCAGUCAUGCCCUGUUAUUGUUCUAUCACAGCGGUUUUCGAAACCUUUGUAAAUUGCCCCGUACAAGCCGAAUUGGCAGAAAAUGUCUUCGGCAGGAUGAUUCACUGUGAUCAUUAAAAGGAGAGUUCACUGUCUGGGGCUUUUUCCAGAUUCUUUUGAUGUUGGGCUAUGUUUAUGCUUGGCCCAGACAGUUUUUUUGUGUGUGAUGAGACGUCUAUGACAACUUGCCAGCUUUUCAUUGACGAGCAUAGGGCAUUUCGGUGGUUUGUGGUCUAAAGCAAGAAAAUACAAUUCAAGUAACUGCAAAAUAGCUUGGACAGAGAUAUAAUGCCUCACAUAGGUUGUGAAUAUGUAUAUUACAUAGUUUUUCUUCAAAAAAUGAUGUUAAAUUACUUUAGUACAGUAUUAUUAAAAUUAAAAAACUGACAUCAAAAUCUCCCAGAAAGUAUCUCUUUUAAGAUAGCAUAGUACCUGUUGAAAGGGUAGGAGUGCUAACCCCAGUUUGCUGGUAAUUUCUCACACAAAUCAUCUUGAAUUUGCUACCCAAAUUGAUUGCCAGUUCAUCAAUACACAAGAGGAUUGAGUGCUCAGUUAAGAACAUCCUGGUUAAAUAAAGGUGACACUGAAUUAAUGAAAUAAAGAAAUCUACUCAAGUUAAGAAGCAGUUAGAUUAGGUAUCUUGCUCAAGGGUACAAUGGCAAUGUCCUACCCAGGACUGGAACUGUUAUGUUAUAAGACCUUCUCCUUACCCAUUAUACUGUACUGCUGCCCAGUCUAGUACCUAGGCCUAUUGUGUUUGUACCCCUACUGUUAAUUGGUGGAUUUACUGAUCUAGAUAUUAUUUAUAUGAACUAUAUAAAUAAUACAAAUCAUUUUCUCUCACAUACAUCACUGUGGUGCUGGUGUACUGCGGGAAUUACAUUCAUCCUCUAAUCUUCUCUCUCUGUCUCUCUCUCAGUGCAGAAUGAAAUCCUGCUUGUAGGAUGAAUGAAAUCUUGCAGUGUGUAGUGCUGUUCUGUAAAUCUGCAGCUCAAUGUGUUAUUAUAUCAGGGGGGUCAAAAUGAGAGCAGUAAACCAGGGAAAGGGUCUGUAAUGCACUGCAGUGCCCUGUGAAGCCAGAUGAGGGCGAUGUUUGGAAAACAGUGUGGAAUUUUACAAAUUUUUGUGAAAAUUUCUAUGGUUUUUUUUUUUAACUGCAUCUGUAUAUCAAUAUAAAAAUGAGAAACGAAUAAAAUAUGACAAGAACAAACAUGGCAACACAGGGACAUAAGGAAACAUAACCACAAUUAAAUAUGGGGGGGGGGGG